AUGUUAACAACAUUGAGUCUUUCAUCAUAUUCAUUAUUAUCAUCUUGUACUAUUUCUUCAUCAUUUAUUGGUAUAUGGAUACAACCAGGUCUUAUUGAUUUAAUAACAAUUAAUAAUACAUGGUUUUCAUUAAAAGGAACAUGUUUACAUGGACAACAAGAUAUAAAAUAUAAAUAUAUUUAUUAUAAUGAACAAACAAGAUGUAAACGUUGUAUACUUUUUAUUCCAAGACAUUCAAAUGCAUUACAAUAUCGUGAAAGUGAAUGCUUCGAUGCAGAUGAUGAUGAUAAUAGUCGUAUUUGUGGUUCUAUUACACCUGAUACAGUAUUAUAUACACUCUUCCGGGAUAAUGCUGAACCAAUUCCAUGUCCAUUUGAUCAAAUAUGGUAUUUUAAAAAAAGUCAUCAAAUAUCUUCAUUAUGUCAACCAAAAGCAUUUCAUAAUUGUUUAUCAUUAAAUACAUUUCAAAUAUUAUAUAAUAAUCGAUGUCAAUCAAAUAAAGAUAUAACAGCAAUAUGUAUUGCUCAAUUUUCUGAUGGAAAUAUGAAUUAUAUUAUAUCUCGAAAUUUAAAUCAACGAAAAUUUAUUUGUUUUUCAUAUACAAAAACAAAAAUUAAUGAAAAAAGUUCACUACCAAAUGAAGUUUAUUUAUCUGAAGAUGAAACUUGUAGAAGUUUAUUAACAAGAGAAUCAGCUCUUAUAUUAAAUGUUCUAUCAAAUAAAUAUUAUGAAUCAAAAGUUCAAAUGCCAGAUUGGACACAAGGCAUAUGGUUAUCAAUUAGAACAGAUCGUAUUAAUACAAAUACAUUUCUUAUCAAUCAAAGUCAACUUAUAAUGAAAAUGAAUGAUGAUCAAAUAAUAAAAUAUGAUCUUAAAUUUCAACGUAUUAUACAAAAUCAACAACAACAUGAAAAAAGUAUUUAUAUACGAGCAAAAUCUUUAGAACAAUGUUCAUCAAUAUUUUAUUGUAUUAAAUUAAUCUAUCGAUCUUCAGCCGUUAUUGAUCUUUCUAUAGGAUUUGAUGAACAUCAAUGUAAAGAAAAUCAUAUACAUUAUACUCUAUUUAAACCUAUGACAAAAUCAAAUAUUUCAUGUCCACAAAUUGGUAUUUAUAAAUCAUUAAAUCCUCUUCGAUCACCUUUACCUAUUUCAACAUGUUCAAUUGGUCUUUGGUCUUUAUCAAUUGGUUGUCAAAGAAUAAAUCCAAAUGAAUUAACAUUAACUUCAUCUUGUCGUCAUGAUAUUGUACCUGAUGUACAAGUUAUAACAUCAAUUAAAGGUAUAUGUCUUGCAUCAUGGCGUACAGAUCAUCGAUUUCAACGUACAAUGAUUCUUUAUGACAAAACAAAAGCAUUUUGUUUGAUUCAACCAUUAAAAUCAAUGACAGCUAGUUGGAUUUUAUCUGAAACCAGUUGUACAAAUAUUGGUUUAUUAUCAAUUAAUGUCGAAAAUAGUUUACGUUAUAUAGAUAAUUGUCAAAAUAAUAAUCAUUUACUAUUGCUAUCAUCAUCAUCAUCAAAUAUUUAUUCAGUACAGCGAAUAUUUUAUUUGUUGUUUUAUUUAACUAUGAAAGUAUUAAUAUUUGUAAAUGUGUUGACAUAA